GUUUUUCAGUAUAAAUAGGGAGGUUUAAGUUUCAAUAUUCAUUCGUAAGUUGAAGUUUAACAAAUCAGCUAACUAAACAUCUCACCAUGAAACUUUUCAUCGUUCUCAGUUUGGUCCUUGCCAGCGCACUCGCUUACGAGUCCAGUGAAUAUGACUCAACUUCUCGUAACACAAAUUCCAUGAACGGACGUAUCCUAACAGAUGUCAAUGGACUAACUGCUGAAAGCUUUGGAGCUAUGUUGCAAAGACAACAAACCCAAUACCGUCACCCAGCACAACGCCCACGUGGUCAAAUGUCAAACGGCAACGAGAACAACAAUGAGGAAGAUGAUUCAGCUUUAGGAUACUGGGCAUCAUACCCAGAUUCAGCAGCAUUCGAUGCCAAGAUUAAGGCUCGUCUCAGCACUUCCAAAGUUCUCGGUGACAAACCUGAGGUUCGCAGAAAGAUUACCCAACUUGCUGAAGACAAAUUCAACCAGUGCAAGGUUUUGACUGACGACAGGGAGAGAGCUUGUCUUGGACGUGUAACUGGACAAAUCAUGCAAUUGGUUUCCGCUGUUGAGAACAUGGCUCGCAACCCACAAUAGGUUCGAUAUUCAUCGUGAUGUACAAACCAAAAAGUAUGGUUUUAAUUUAAAAAUGUACAUAAUUAAUAAAUAAAAUUGCAAAUUAAAUAAAA